CAGAGACAAUUUUGCUUUUUAAUUCAAACCUGCAAUUCCCAUUGUCGUUUAUGCGUAAAAAUGUAGGCAAAUAAUAUCUUAUUACGCUAGAUUCGACAUAUGAUAGUCUGUUAGCAUUUUGAAAGAGAAGCUAUCACACCCGAUUAGAGUACAUGAAUUAUUCGAUACUGACAUCUCGGAGAAAGUGUCUACUAAAAUGAUGCCGAUCAGAUGCGACUCACGUUUCGAAGCGACUGCUUCCGUAGUAUAUAGCGUCCCACAGGUUUUCCUGGCGCUGUAAUACCGUAGUGAUUUUCGCCAGCGAUAAUACUGUGCUUCUAUUAUCACGCUGCAAGAUUACUCGUACGAUUUGUUACAAUGUUGGUGAGUGAACAACUAUGACAGAUUGUGAUGUGAUAUACUUGCAUUUAAAUGCUAAUUUUGUAAUUUGUACAUUUCAUAAUUUUUACAUUUCUUUAAUAUUUUCAUAAUAAUAAUUUAAUGUCUUAUAAAACAUCUCAUACUUUUUAUUAAUACAAUAUAUCGAUACAUUUUAUCGAUACACAUUACAAUAAGGAUGAUCGAAAUGAUUGUGAUUAUGGAGUAAAUGUAAGCGUGAUCUUUUUUAGUGGAAUGAUGGAUAAUUAGCAUUUAAUGAUCUCUAUUAUAAAGGGUUAUUUACACAAUUAUAUAUUAUUAUUAUAGUUUAUAUUAAUUAAGAAGAAAUAUUUCAAUGUCACAAUUAUCUUUGUAUAUUACAGUUACUUUUAUUAAUUAUACAUUUCAUAAUGUACAGAUACACAUAACUGUCUUUGGUGCGUUGUGUUGUUCUCUCAUCGCGGCGGAAGCACCGAUUCAAACCGUAAAACCGACAAACGUACUAGGCAGUUCAGAGCCACACACCUCCUUCAGUUUUAUUAGGCCGGGUUUAACGCAAACAUCAUUUGCAUUUAGUGGACCCAAUUCUCAUCAGUCGUUCUCCUCCAGUAUCGGCAAUCCUCAAUUAGCGCAAAGGGUUCUACCGAGUUUGGCGCAGAUUCUUGCUUACAGAAAUCCCAGUCCAGGAUAUUAUCCAGUUGCUUCUACUGCGAAUGGCUAUGGAGUGGCUCAAACUUUUGCAACAACACCAACAACUGGACCAUUAACUUAUCAAGCCACGGUAGAUCCCGCUACUGCGUUAGCAUACAUACAGCAGCAGCAGCAGCAAGCAUAUUUACACGGAUAUCAACCGAAUGCUUAUCAAGCACAAUUAGCGCAACUGCUCGCGCUUAGACAAGCGCAAGUACAAGCUCAACAAGAGCAGUUGCAAACAAUUGACACGCAGCAGGUACCAGAGCAAGAUAAUCAGUUCCAACAGCAAGAACAACAAUCCGAACAAACGUCGAAGAAUUUACUGGGUGUUGCUUACUCAUCUGCACCAUCAGUAGCGCAUGUAAAGGUCUCCGGAAAUGGGUACAAGUUCGACUUUUAAUUCUAAAUAUAUAUAUAAUUGCAGUGUAUAUAACUUUUGCUAUAGCAGAAACAAUAUUUUUAUUUAUAAUAAUUUUUAUAUAAAACUUAUAAUAUGCACACAUAAACACAUAUAUAAUAACAUAGAUAUAAUGUACACAUAAACACAUGUUUAUUUAUUAUGGGAAAAUAUAAUAUACAUAAAUAUAAUAAUAUAUAUUUGAACUUUUUAUAUAAUAACUAAGUAUUUAACAAUUUUUCACUAUCAUUAUUUCGUGUAAAUAAAAAUAAUCAAAUAUAUGCUCUCACACAUAUGUGUAAUUUGUAGAUCUAUUUAUAAAAUUGUAAAAAAAAUGUGUUUUUUAUAGUUAAUUGCAUCUGCAAAUCCCUGAUAAUUAUAAUUGACACGUUAUCGCUUAGAGAUGAUAGCUCUUAAAAAAAUGUGCAAGAGUUAACUUGGAAUACAAAAAUACAACUUCUGAGGCCCCGGGGGGAUUCGAACCCCCGAUCUCCUGUUUACUAGACAGGCGCUUUAACCAACUAAGCCACGGCGCCUUCGCGCUUCCCUUCGAAUUAUGAAUUUUAUUAGUAGUUUUAUAUAUUAUAUUAUAUAAUUAUUUUUAUA